AGUGACAGGAAAAAUAAAUGUACAUAUAUAUCUUUCACUUACAUAUUUACUUAUUACUUUAACUUUUAAUGCACUUAAAACGCAGUAAGAACAGCUCAUAAUUACAUUAUAUUCAUAUAAACGUAUAUAAAUUAUCUACCUUUGCGGGAUCUUAAGUGGCUUACAUAAUUUACGAUACAACUAUAUAACUUGAUCUCGCUUAAUCUUUCUUAAAUCUCUAAAUUUUUUCUUUGAAAAUCCCAUGUUGUAUGAAAUACACUUUUUACAUGGUUAACUCGGACAGUAAACGUGCAAAAGAAAGAUCAAGUUUAUUUAAUUGGUACUUAAUCAAAAAGCAAAGUUCUAUCUCUUGUUUCAUCUAAAUUCCUUAUCUGAUGUUAGGAUGUAGUGUACCUACUUUAAAGCGUUAUGAACAGUAUUUACUACUAGUAGUUGAACCAAACGAUGGUGGAUGACUUACUUAUCCACCUCUUCUAUUAAAAAUAUACAAAGCUGCAUCUAAUCGUCUAAUGAGUUUAAAAAUUAGUAAAAAGUAUUUAUACUUGAUUAAUGUAGUAAUAAUUGUGGUUAAUUUUUUUGCUUUGACUUUUGAACUUGAACAUUGAUUGCACUUUUUCCACUAGGGCGCUUCUUGAUCUUAAAUGAAAUAUAUGUAAGUAAGCAGUUAAUACUACAAUUUUUUUUUACAUUUUCAUAUGUUGUUCUGUACUUUGUAUGCGUUUGUAGUGGUGCAUUAUCAGCGUAAGCACAAUGUGAUUACAGCUCUAAUUGAUAUUUCUCACUUUUUGUAAUUUUCUAUAACGCCUGUCUCUCUUCAAUGAGAUAUUUUUACUGUUGUACGGUAUGCAAUGCACUUCUUUAUUGAGGCUUUUUUCCAAACGCAAGUCUUGAAUAUUGCCGUGAGUUUGAACAUCUUUGUACUUAUUAUCCACUUUUUUUGAUAUAAAACUUAACACGUAUACAUACAUACAUAUUUUUUUUAUUCAUUUGCUCCUGUACAAAAUAGCCAUUUCUGAAGUGGAGUAAAUUAUCGUUUUUAGGUAAACCAGUCUGAAUGUCAUUGGAAGGUUUACUAGAAUAGCUUUUUGCAGCUUUAAAGCCCUCAAUGAGAUAUUCAAAGGGCCCUCGAUUCCAAGAUAUAAAACAUAAUUGACAUUCAUCAACAGGAACAAAAGUUCCUAUAAUGUCAGAGGGCGGUGUAUUACACAUAAAACAGGAGUUGGAAAUCAGCACAUCAUGCUGCAGUCCGAGCACUUCUACCACAGUGGGCGUCAAUCGCUCGAAUUCCUAUUCAAAUGGCACCAGCGGUAGUACAAGCAGUACUAGUAGUGGUAGUGCGAUCAGUGGUGGUGGCACAGGUGGCAAUACAUCAACCAGCGGCAACAAAUCUUCACCUUCAGUGUCUCCAGAACGCCAAUUGUGUAGUUCAACAACAACGCUAUCCGCUGAUUUGCAUAGUGUCACCCUGACGGGAUGUGAAGCAAGUACACCAAUUGCCUUAAAAUCAAAUGAUUGUGGUGGUAACAAUACUAAUAGCAACAACAGUGCUGGAUCAGCUAGUGGUGGCUCAAUACGCGAUGAAUUACGACGUCUUUGUUUGGUGUGCGGUGAUGUUGCCUCUGGAUUUCAUUACGGUGUGGCUAGCUGUGAGGCUUGUAAAGCAUUUUUUAAGCGCACCAUACAAGGAAAUAUUGAGUACACGUGCCCUGCUAAUAAUGAAUGCGAAAUUAAUAAGCGCCGACGAAAAGCCUGUCAGGCCUGCCGAUUUCAAAAAUGUUUGCUGAUGGGUAUGCUAAAGGAGGGCGUGCGUUUGGAUCGUGUGCGUGGAGGUCGCCAAAAAUACCGACGGAAUCCUAUUUCGAAUUCAUACCAAACCAUGCAACUGCUUUAUCAAUCCAACAGUACCUCACUGGAAGAUAUCAAAAUUCUUGAGAUACUAAACGCGUAUGAGCCAGACACAUUAACAGUGCAACAGCAGCAACAACCACAUACCACUACCGAAAGUAGUAAUAACACAGGCACCGGCAAAGCCACUCAGAAUACUUCUGUUAAGUUAGAACAAAAUAAUUGUAGCAGUGGCGGUAGCAAUAGCAACAACAGCGAAAUAUUCUCUUCCAGUGCGCAACCAGUAUGCAUUUUUCAAAAUAACAAUUGUGAUGCCGAAGAAAUUCUUGCUGUUCUCAGUGAUAUAUAUGAUAAGGAAUUGGUAAGUGUGAUUGGCUGGGCCAAACAGUUACCGGGCUUCACCGAGCUGCCGCUGAAUGACCAAAUGAAAUUGCUGCAAGUUUCGUGGGCGGAAAUUUUAACAUUACAGUUAAGUUUUCGUUCGCUGCCAUUUAAUGGACGUCUGUGCUUUGCAGCAGACGUAUGGAUGGACGAAUUGUUAGCUAAGGAAUGUGGGUAUGCUGAAUUCUAUUAUCAUUGCGUACAAAUUGCUCAACGUUUGGAACGUUUAUCACCACGACGCGAAGAAUAUUAUCUGCUUAAAGCAUUAAUUCUGUCUAAUUGUGAUAUUUUGCUGGAUGACCAAAGUUCAUUACGAGCAUUUCGCGAAACAAUACUUAAUUCCUUAAAUGAUGUCGUAUGCUUAUUACGUUAUGGGUCUGCGGUGUCACACCAGCAACAGCUGCUUCUCCUGUUGCCAGCAUUGCGGCAAGCAGACGGUAUUUUACGUCGAUUUUGGCGAAAUAUUUGUCAUGAUGGUAAAAUUACAGUAAAAAAAUUGUUUGUAGAAAUGCUGGAACCAGUGUCCAGGUGA